CCCGCCCGGGUGUCCGGUCGUCAGCACCAGCACGCUGUUACCCCGCGUCGCUCCCGGAGCCGAGUGUGGGCAUGUUUGAGGAGGGCGAUUGGAACGAUGAUGUGGAGGCCAGGGCUCUGACGGACGCCGUCUUUCACACGCAUCGCUUACCCCACCGCCACGUCGCGCCGAGCCCCCAUAGCAAGAAGAAGAGGCAGAAGCUUCUGGAAACGCUGCGGGCCCUGACGGCAGCGGGGCGGCCUGGCGGGGAGCCGGGGCCAGAGGCCGGGGUCAAAGGGGCCGGGGUCAAAGGGGCCGGGGUCAAAGGGGCCGGGGUCAAAGGGGCCGGGGUCAAAGAGGCGGGGUCAAAGGGGCCGGGGUCAAAGGGGCAAAGGGGCCGGGGUCAAAGGGGCCGGGGUCAAGAGGAAGCGGAAGGGGAAGGGGUUGAGGGCCAGGGAGAGGGUGGGAUAGGCCGAUCGGCCGUCCUGCGUAGCCGCAUGCAACAGCGCCUGCAGUCGGCACGGUUCCGCUACAUCAACGAGCAGCUGUACACGUCGAGCAGCGCGGCGGCACGCUGCAUGUUUGACCGGGACAGCGACGCAUUCCUGCUCUCCCACCAGGGCUUCAACAUGCAGCUGCAAAGCUGGCCCCAAAACCCCGUCCACAACAUCAUCAGCUACAUCAAGCAUCGACUUCCAUCGGGCCACGCUCGGCGGGUGGUGGCGGACUUUGGCUGUGGAGACUGUAAGAUCGCCCGCGGUGUGGCCAAUACCGUGCACUCCUUCGACCUGGCUGCGCUCAACGACAUGGUCACCGUCUGCGACAUGGCAAAGGUCCCUCUCGCCGAUGAGUCGGUCGACAUUGCCGUCUUCUGCCUGUCGCUGAUGGGCACCAACCUGGUCGACUUUCUGAUGGAAGCCAAUCGCGUGCUUAGAGUCGGGGGCGUGCUGAAGAUCGCGGAGGUGGCGAGCAGGUUCGAGGACGUGCAAAGUUUCGUCGGUGCCCUGGGCUCUCUCGGCUUCAAGCUGCUCUCCAAGGACAUGGACAACCGCUUCUUCUACCUGUUUAACUUUGGGAAGACUCGGCGGCCCCGGGAGGGGAAGUUGCCGGCGCUGCAGCUGAAGCCCUGCCUAUACAAGAGGCGCUGACCACAGGAGCGAUGGCAGGACCCACCGCUGACCCCACCCAGAGCAGCGCUGGGGAGAGAGGCCCGGCACCGACCCCCGCCCGGAGUGGCGCAGAGGGCGGGCGGGCGGUGGCAGCAGCUGCGGCAGGCAAUGAUGUGCCGGCACUGUGCCGGUUCGGACCGGCCCGGUGGGCAGGAGGUGGUGGUGGUGAGGCCGUGUCCGGCAGUCUCCCCACAAUGAGUCUCUGCGUUCCCCACCUGUGACCACACUGAAUGUUUUAUACUUUAUUAAAUAAAAUGUGGUCAAAGG